AUGAGCGGUUCGGAGCGUCUGAGUAUCUUGAUCCUUCUGUUAAAAGCGCGCCGCUCGCGAGAGCCGCCGCGCGGAGACGCCGCCCACCGCGCGCCGCCCCCUCCUCCUCCUCCUCCUCCUUCUUAUCCAUUUCGCGCGUAUCUCACGACAGCCACGGGAAGAGCUGCUCCGCUCGCGAAAACGUCGGCGCGGACGCGUCGUCGCCGUCCUCCGCCCCCGGGCCCCCCGGGGCUCCGGGGGCUCCGGGCGCGCCGCCGAAGUGCCCGAACCCGUUCGUCGUCUGCUGCUGAUGCUGCUGAUGCUGAUGCUGCUGAUGCUGCUGCGACGGGCGGUACCCGGGCGGCGCCUAACCCGCCGCCCAACCCGCCGCCGCCGCCGCCGAAUCUUCCUCCCGCGCCGGCGUCGGUUUUCGCCGGCGACGCGAACGCGGAGUCGUUGAACCCGCCGCCGCCGAUCGCGCCCGGUCCCGUCGCCGCGCCCCGGAACCCGGGCGGCGGCGACGGCGACGCGAGCGACCGCGCGGGCGACGACGCCGACCCGGUCGACGCGGGGCCGCGCGCGAUCGCCGUCGGGGCUCCCCCGCGAUCCUCACCGCCGGGCGACGCGCCCGGGCUGCGCACGGGCGCGGGGAUCGUCUUCAUGACGCUCUCCUUCGCCGCCGCCGCCGCCGCGGCUUUCGCGGCUUUCUUCUUCUCCUUCUCGGUCGCCCUCUUCGACGCGGGCGCGGGCGCGGGGAUCGGCGAGCCGCCGCCGCCCUUCGCCGACGGCGCCGGGCUCGGCGGCGGAACGGCGGGCUUCGCCGGCGAGCCGCCCGCGUUCCGCGACGCCGCCCCCGCCCCCGCCUCCGCGACGGGCGGCGGCGGCGGCGCGAGCUGCGACCGCGGCGGCGCGUGCAUCGGCGCUCGCGCCGGCGCCGCCGGGGACGGCGCCGCCGGUUUCGCGGUAAACUCCUCGCGGCACAUCGGGCAGUGA